AUGGGCGCCAUUUGUGCCACAGCGGAGGAAGAGUUGAAAAACACCAAUCGUGAUCUUCUAACAGAUGCGGAGACUCCGAUCAUAGGCAUGGAUGCAGAACCUCUUUGGUUGCAAAUCUGUAAUGCGCACAAUGAGAGGAAGAAAGCUCUCCAGGAAGCAUGGCCAGACCUUGAGCCCGAGUUGAGUGCUCGCGCAGUGGUCAAAGCAGAUGUGAGGGCCAAAGAACAUAUAGAAACUCUGGCCAAAGAGGAAGCCAUGAAAAAGGAGACUGACAAGAAAAGCACUGCGACUCCUCAAGGCAGUCCAGGUGCUCGGACCCCAAGACCGAAGAUCGUCAAGCUGACCAAGGAUCAGGCCAAGCAAGCUCUGAGGAGAGCCGUUGCCAUUUUCGAGAAGCCUGAGAACAAGAAAAAGUUGCAAGAAGCUGUGGCAUCUUGCGGCGAUGACAGCGCUCAAAAACUUGCUACCUUGCUGCCAGUGGUGAAAGCCAUGCUGGCAGACUUGCUGGAGUCAUAUGAGUUCCCUCGGGAUAUGCUUCUGCCGGCGAUGGCGCAGAUUGCAGGCCAUGCAGAAGGUGAUCUUAAGAUGGGGGCUCAGCUUGCGCGGCUUCAAGCUGCAAUGGAGGGGCAAGUGCAGACUAGUGUGCAUAUGGAAGUGGGUCAAACGGAGACAGAACAGAUUCCUCUGAAAGGGGUGUUAACCUUCCAUGGUUUGUAG